CCCCCCCCCCGCCAAGCUACUGAAAAACUGGCUGGAACAUUCAAAGGCACGAUGGUAAGUAGAAACUGGGUUGUGAGAUGGGUGCAUGACAGAGCAAUGAUGUGCCUGCAUGUGCCUUGCCUUUUGUGACCAGCAGUGAGCCAUGCAGCCGUCAGGGCUGGGAGCAGCUGCUGCUUCAGCCCCUCUGACCAGCAGACCUUGCGCAGCUCUUGGCUCACCCUGAGACACAAGACUGGCGAUGGAAGCAGCGGGGAGGCCGAAAGCACCUUAAGAUGCAACCGGGGAGAGAGAAAAGCAAAGCAUUCAAAAGGCGGCCUCAAAUUAGUGCUGGAAAUUAAUAAAGUUGUAGAACACCCAACGCAUAUAUAAGUGAAAAUCUUCAGAGGUUUCCCAGUACCAUUUUACUGAUAAGUUUACUUUUAAAAAAAAUAAAUACUGCUUAAUAUAGCAACAACAACUUAACAAAAACCAUUAAGUAUCUUACAUAAAAACAGUAACAAUUCACCAACAGCAUCCAAUAGCAUUUGAAAAAACAAAACUAGACAAAUAAAAAUUAGGAGCCAGAAUCCAGGAAAACUUGGGUAAGCCUGCAUAUUUUAAGGACACAUUUAAAGCUAAUUGCCACCUCCACAUCACAAAUUACCUGAGGGAGGUCACUCCGGGGGUAGCCUGCUGUCCCUGAAGAGGCCCCCUUAUGUGUUGCUGCCAAGGGACAAUGGCAGCCAAGGGUGGAUGCUUAGAAUGGCUGUUCCAUCCAGUAAGUAAGCCGUGCCAUUUUGGUCACAUCUAUCCUAUACAUUUAAAUUGCAUGGCUUCCCCCAAAGAAUCCUGGGAACUGUAGUUUUUAAGGAUGCUGGGAGUUGUUAGCUCUGUGCAGGGCAAACUACAGUUCCCAGGAUUCUUUGUGAGAAGCCAUGUGCUUCAAAUGUGGCAUGGCUGUGAUCUAAUUCGGCUGCCCACAGGCCUAGCCGAAAUAAAUGAUUUCAGUGGAGCAACAGGGCGUACUGUUAAGAGGUGGCGACAUCAUAAUGCCGUAGAAACAUUCUAAACCUGUUGAGCUUCCUGUGAGCCUUUCAAAGCACUGGGACAAGUGACCUGUCCAGCCAAGGCUGUUCCUUACCAAUUAAUCCUUCCUCGCCAAGGAGGAAGAAGAGGAUGACCGAGGAGAGAGAGUGGAUGAAAAGGAUUCAAGACGAAAAUGCGCACCUGAAAAAUCAGAUUCGGCUGCUCAGGGAAAACUAUGAACUCCGUGCUAUGUUGGGUCAACAGUGUGACAACAGCAGCCAAGUCCAGUUCUUAACGUCUCCAAUUUCUCCUGUAUAUACUGAUGCUGGUUUAUUGGUAAAAGGAGCUCCGUAUUUUGGAAGAGAAGAUUUUGGUUACUGCUCACACGUCAUCUCCAAGGAGUCCACUGUUCUGCCCAACCCCAGUGCCCAGUCACCGCUGAAGCAGCUCCAAAAUGAGCCUCCCCCUUUUCAGCCUAGAAGUGGAGAAAAGAAACCCGGACAUUUGUCAAGCAUGUCGUGCUCCACCAUUGGAGGAAAACAGCUGGAGGAACCCACAGAACUGAUGGGACUCAAGAAAGCGUGGCUGAUGGACGGCCCUUUCCCUGGCGGCGAUAAGGCUCAGACACCCUUAGCACUAAGCAUGGCUCACUACAAGGCUGCAAGACUACUCAGUUCAAAAGACACGGCGAGUCAUUCACCAUCAUGGACAGAAGAAUUCGCUUCCUCCAACCCUACACGCUUGGCGAGCAAGGAGGAAGCUCAGACCACAUUUUCAGAUGACCUCAAAAUACGCAAAGGAAGUUCUUCCUUGGGGAUUUCUGAAAGGCAGUCCUAUCACCUUUUGGGCAGCGCCCAGGACUCAAGCGCAAGCAAAGCACAACUUGAAGAGAUGCCCAGGAAAAAGAAAGUCUGGUUUUCUGAUGCACCAGACACAGACAAGUUAAGGAAGUCCCAUACGUUCUACUUGAAUGAUAUAGAGAUUAAUCAGAACAGCAAGAGGAAUGGGCGCAUCGUGGGAGAGAUUGCCUUCCAGUUAGAUAGGCGCAUUCUUGCGCAUGUGUUUCCUGGCAUCACAAGGCUCUACGGGUUCACAGUGUCCAAUAUUCCUGAGAAAAUCAAACAGGUCUCCAUGAAAUCCCUAGAUGGCUCUGUGGACGAGAAGAAGUACCGAGCCAUGACCCAGCGCUACCUGGACCUGACUGCUCGCCUGGAGAAGAUGGGCUACCACGUGGACGUCCACCCGGUGUUCAGUGAAUUCCUCAUCAACACGUACGGCAUCCUGAAGCAAAGGCCAGACCUCAGUUCCAACCCCUUGCACAACAGCCCCGCGGACCUCAGGAAGAUGGUGAUUGACAUUGUCCCAUCCAAGUUCCUUGGAGAUACCUUGCUGCUCUUGAACUGUUUGUGUGAACUUUCUAAAGAAGACAACAAGGCCCUGUUUGCCUGGUAGUAGUGCACCUGCUGCAGCUCUUGCCCUCAAAUCUCUACGGAAAGAACACACAAACAAACAUAGCAUAUAUGUAAUAAAAGGAUAUCUGCUGAAAGUGGGCAUGGAGUCGUGUGGAUGCUUUUUGUAACAGGCUCCUGCUGACUUGAGUUGCUCCUUAUGGAAGGGUUUGUUCAUUUGCUUUCGGUUAACUGUUACUCUCUUGUUUUUUUAUCGACUCUGUACUUUAUAUCUGACUUGUUCAUAGCUGCUAUGAGAGCCACAUUUGGGCUAGAUGGCGCAUAAUAAAGUUUAGUAAAAAUAAACUAUAUAAGAAAAUAAAUGUAGUUGUUAGCACUCAGUUCACAAAUGCCAAGUUAAAGUGCUGCACUGUUUGUUACAUAAGGAAAGACGUGCCUGCCAGCUCUGUUUUCCCCUCACAUUCUGCUUGAGAUGCAGCCCUUGUUGUGACAGCCUGAAUGAGCUUCUGAAAGGCAUCUGUUCUCUGUAGCUCAUACUCUAGGAUGUUGCUUAUGACUAUUUAUCUCCUAUAUCUGCCUAAAGAGCCUUCCCUUGUCUGAAUUCUAGCUCCAUGUGGUCAUUGCAAGGGGGUCAGGAGUAAAAAUUGUACAUGUUGUUCUCCCCCAUUGUCAGUUAACAUGCUGUCUGGGUAUGUGGACAUCUGCCACGAUCCUAAUGAAUGAUUCUAGUAAAAAUGGUGAAGAUGCAUGUAUUUGCCUCCAGGUAGAGAGUUGCCAGCCCUGCUCUGGCCUCCUUUGGUUUGCUGAUCCAUCUGCCAUGGAUGCUUUAGCUGAGAAUCCUGCAUUGCAGAGACUAGAUUACCCUUGAGGUUCCUUCCAACUCAACAGUUCUAUGAUUCUGUGAUAAUUGCAGUUUCAGCUGCUUAUAGUUACAAUGAAGAGUUCUUUGGCUUUGUAUGCUCCUUGCAAUUUUGCUUAUUCCUUUAAACCACUUCCUGCCAAAACAUUCUGUGGUGAUGGCAUUCCCAAGGUAAGCAAAGUCUAUUUUCCUACAGAAAUUCUAGAACUCGCUGUGAGAAAGAGCAUAUUCUCUAACAGUCUUCCAGUCGCUUCUGGAUGGAACAGCAAAACCACAAACAAUUAUAAUGAAAAAUAUUUCGGAUGCUAUAAAUAAACUUAGACAACUUCA